AUGGGCUUCUUCGGUGACCUCAUCGAGGACAAGUACGAGCGCCACGAGCAGCGUACCGACGAGUACCGCGAGGAGCACCGUGAGGAGCACCGCGAGGAGCGCGCCGACUUUGGCGACGCCCUCCUCCUCGCUGGCGGAGCUGCGGUCGCCGGCGGCGCGGCCGCGUACGGCAUCAACAAGCUCACCAACAAGCCCCAGCAGCCCCAGUACGGCUACCCCGGCCCCGGCGGCCAGUACGGCGGUCCUCCCCAGCAGCAGCAGCAGGGCUGGCCCACCGGCGCCAAGGUCGCCGCCGGUGCCGGCGCCGCUGUCCUCGGCCUCGGCGCGUACAAGGCCUACGAGCACCACGAGGAGCACAAGGAGGAGCGCUGGAAGGAGGAGCAGCGCCGCGAGGACGAGAUCCGCUUCAACCAGCAGUCGCAGUACGGCGGCGGUGGCGGUGGCUACGGCAGCGGCGGCGGCAACUACGCUGGUGGUGGUGGCUACGGCGGCGGCUACAACCCGGGUGGUCGCCAGGGCGGCGGCGGUGCCGACGAGAACGGCAACUACCCAAAUGCCCAAGGCCUUUACCCCGAUGCCCGGGGCCGCUACCCCAACGAGCGCGGCCAGUAUCCCGAUGACAAUGGAAACUACCCCAACCCCCAAGGCCUCUACCCCGACGAGAACGGCCGUUAUCCCAACGAGUACGGCCAGUACCCCGACCAGUGGGGCAACUACCCUUAA